GGUCUGGUUAGCAGUGCUGAUUAGUCAGAGUUCCAGCGCUCUGAGUGCGCCGACACUGCAGCUGCUUUCUCCGCCUCCUGCGUGUGAGUGGACCGGGAUACAUUGUAACCAGAGGAUUUUGAAGAAAAGGCUUCAACUCUCAAAAAUGGCACCAGCAGUUGGAGGCCCAGUGGGUUACACCCCACCUGAAGGGGGCUGGGGCUGGGCAGUUGUUGUAGGAGCAUUUGUAUCCAUUGGCUUUUCUUAUGCUUUCCCAAAAUCCAUUACUGUAUUCUUCAAAGAGAUUGAAGUUAUCUUUGGAGCCACAAGUAGCGAAGUGUCAUGGAUCUCCUCAAUCAUGCUGGCCGUGAUGUAUGCUGGAGGUCCAAUAAGCAGUGUCUUGGUAAACCGGUAUGGAAGUCGUCCUAUUAUGAUAGGUGGUGGCUGUUUAGCUGGAACUGGAUUAAUUGCAGCCUCAUUCUGCAAUACUGUGACAGAGCUAUACUUCUGCAUUGGUGUUAUUGGAGGCUUUGGUCUUGCUUUCAACUUAAAUCCAGCCUUAACCAUGAUUGGAAAAUAUUUCUUUAAAAAGAGGCCUAUUGCAAACGGAUUGGCUAUGGCAGGAAGCCCUGUAUUUUUGUCCACUUUGGCUCCAUUGAAUCAGUACUUCUACAGCAUAUUUGGCUGGAGAGGGAGCUUCUUGAUACUUGGUGGCCUUCUGCUGAACUGUUGUGUUGCUGGCUCCUUGAUGCGCCCUAUUGGUCCAAAACCAGACUCGAACAAGAAAGUAACUAAAGAGGUACUGGAAGAAGCUGGAAAAUGUACCUCAAAAGAAGAUGGGGAUGCAAACAAAGAUCUUAUUGAUGGCAAGGCAAAAACAAAGCCAACAUUUUUCCAGACAAUCAACAAAUUUUUAGAUUUUUCACUCUUCACGCAUAGAGGCUUCUUGAUCUACUUAUCUGGACACAUGAUAAUGUUCUUUGGACUUUUUGCUCCUUUAGUUUUUCUCAGCAACUAUGCAAAGAGCAAAGGAAUUUCAAAUGAGUCGGCUGCAUUCUUGCUAUCUAUACUUGCGUUUGUUGACAUGGUUGCAAGACCAUCUAUGGGUCUUGUAGCAAACACAAAAUUGGUCAGGCCGAAGAUUCAGUAUUUUUUUGCUGUAGCAGUGUGUAUCAAUGGAGUGUGCCAUCUGUGUGCUCCACUGAACACUUCUUAUGUUGGCUUUUCAAUCUAUGCUGGUUUCUUUGGCUUUGCAUUUGGUUGGCUAAGCUCAGUGCUCUUUGAAACCUUGAUGGACUUGGUCGGUGCACAGAGGUUCUCCAGUGCUGUUGGAUUGGUGACCAUUGUGGAAUGCUGUCCUGUUCUUCUUGGACCACCUCUUUUAGGUAAAUUAAAUGACAUACAUGGAGACUACAAGUACACCUAUCAAGCUUGUGGAGUUAUACUGAUUGUGGCCUCAGUCUACCUCAUCAUUGGAAUGACCAUCCACUACAGGCUAUUGGCACGCGAGAAGAAGGCAGAGAAGAAAAGCCAAGAAGUAAAUGCUGCUGGGCCUGAGCAGAAAGCAAAUAAUGAACUUUCUGUCCUUCCACAGAAUUCUGAUGUCGUGAAAGAAGAUGAAAGUAAUAUUUGAGACUGUUUUGAUGUAUUUUUAUUUUUUUAAACUAGAACUCUGACUACAUUCAACAGAUGAUGCUUAUGUCACACAUUAGUCCCUUGAAAGGGUGUAAUUUUAUUUUUAACUCCUGAAUUAUUUUAAAUAGUUAAAAGAUUUCAUCAGAUGCUAAAUGUUGCAGAUAUUACUUUUUAAUUUUUUUUUUGUUAGGAAUUUUAAUAUGUGCCUUACACAUGCUGCCUAGGUAGAAUUUUUUUUAUUUUUUUGUGACUUUUGCUUUAAACCCUGCCUAAAAAAAGUUCAUAAUGGCCUUUGCUACCCUUUGGAACUGUUAUGAAAGGAAUAAGCAAGCAAAAUAUUAACCAGACAAAUUGGGUUGUCUUCCAAAACUUCUAACGGAUGAGCAUCCGCUGCUGUUACAGAACAUUGUACCAGGAAUAAUGUGCUCCAUUCCCUGCAGUAGUCAAUGCUCUGGUCUUGGGUCUGCAUGGGUGGGGUAGAUUCUAGAAUGUCAAAUGAUUCUCAAGGCAAAUGCUUUCUGUAGUAUCAAUGCGGUAUGUGAGGUAAUUUUAAUGUGAAGAUGUGGUUUGCAAAUGUGAACUUCUAAGAUUCACUCUUCCUGCUAGAUUUGCUUGGAAAGCUUUAGUUUUCUA